AUGGGUCUAUGCGGUGGCCCUUGCAGCGAACGGUGCUUUCACUUCUUCCCAUGUCUCUCCGAUCCAGCUCGGAGAUCGACGUUGUGUUUGAAAGCGGCGUUGGUGAUGCUGCAUCUAGUCUUUGUGGGCCUCCUUUUCCUUUUCGAUAGAGAUUUGAUCGAGAAAACCCGAGAAAAACCAUGGUACACAGCACUAUACUUGUCAUUAGUUGUUGCUACAUUGGGUCAAUAUUUCCUAACCUCUGGUUCUUCUCCGGGCUAUGUUCUUGAUGCAAUGAGGGCUGUAAAUGAGAGAGAUGCCUUAAUCAGAAGGACGCCAGUUUCCUCAAAACAUUCUGCUCCAAGCAAAAGUGGCAGCGUAGUUAUUACUGUGGAUGCUCACCCAUUGAGAAGAAAUCUUUUACAGAGUAAUACAACAUCUUGGACAAAGCUUGUGCUGGACAUGUAUCCUCCUGGAUCAUCUGCUAGCCGCCAAGGGCAAAACAUUGUCAUGAUUGUGACAAAUGCGUUCUUCAGUUUGAUCAUCACUGUGUUUGGCUUGGAACAUGCGUAG